AGAUCUACGUGUUGGAAAAAGACUUUUAUUUUUUCGUUUUAGUUUUUUUUUAUGUUGGACCUCUUUUGAUAUUCUCAAACUGACAAAAAACAGUCUAGAGUCUGUUUUGCAGAGAGUUUAAUUAGAUUUAUUGUAUUUGCAUUUAUGUGUUGCGUUGGAAAAGCAAUUUCUUGACUGUGUAGAAAAAAAAGAAUAAAUUUAUGUUCAAUCAUAACAAUGGCGUUCAACGGCACCACAAAUAACGAGAAUGCAAGCAAUAAUGCCGAAGGAGAGUCAGAUAGCACGAACAAGAAGAAAAACUUGAUUAUUCUAGUGGAGAAAGACUCUGAAGAUAAGCUAGAUGAGUUAUUUAACAAAGCCCUAAGUAAUAAAGUGCCACUCCAAGUGCCACUGCGAAUGAGAAAAUUGCCCGACUCCUUUUUCAAUCCACCAUCAUCGGGCUCAAAGUCACCUUCCGUAUCCGUAUCACAUUCGCGUGAAAAUAGUGCAGAUUCUGCAUUUGGCUCCGGAACUGCCCUACCCACAAACCAAGUUCCAGCAUUCAAUGGUGGAGUCACGUCCAUUAAUGGUUUGCCAAUACAUCAUUCGCGUGCACAAAGUUCACCUGCAUCCCUUGGUAUCGGAAUCAAUUUGCCAUUGGGUUUAAAUGCAGCUACGCAAGGAAACAACGCCUCAGCAAACACAGCCACAAAGCUAAAUGCUGGAAACUCUUUAAAUAACAAUAAUGCUUCGAAUGCAACAAACAAUCUUACUCCAAAUUCAACACAAAAGGGAUUUUCUAAUCUGCAUAGUCGAGGACGAUCAUAUGACGUAACAAAUUUGCAUGCACAUUUUGGUCCCAUGCCCGAAGGAUGGGAACAAGCGAAAACUGAUGAUGGCCGUAUUUAUUAUAUCAAUCACAAUAAUCGUACAACUCAGUGGGAAGAUCCAAGACAACAAAUGCCUGCAGCCCCUAGCCCUCUCUUUAGCUCGAAUUCAAGCGUUGAGACAUUGUUUAAUUCAAAUACAACUUCACCAACAAAUCAGGCUCCGGGUCCCAAUACCGCUGUCACUGAACCAACAAAACUAAAUAUCAAUAAUACAUAUGCAAUGGGACCUCUACCAGAGGGUUGGGAGGAAGGAGUGACAAAUAACGGCGAAAGGUAUUAUAUUAACCAUGUUUCUCGGACUACGACCUGGAGAGAUCCCCGCAUUUCCAAUCAUGAAUGGGCAGCGCAUGAACAGUCUUUGCGAUUGUACAACUUACAAAUGGAACGAGAGAGACUUCGUCGAAGACAACAGGAAAUAAAAUCACACAUCGGCGAAGACCCAUUUUUGCCGGCAAAUUUGGAUACUCAUACACGGCAAGAGUCUGGAGAUAGCGGAUUAAGCUUACCAUCCUCCACAUCACAAUCCGUAUCCCAUACUCCCGAUUUCUUGUCUAAUAUUGACGAUAGCAUGGACGGUUUAAGUGUUGCAGAUAAUACUAUGGAUACAAUGCCGUUUACUGACAAUAUUGAUAAUUCUGAUGAGUUUAUGUUGAACGAUCCUCUUUUAUUGGAAAGAUUCGAUGCAGAUGCAGUUGAUAAUUUAAUAGCACCCUCAAACAACAGCAAUAAUAAUAAUAGCAACAGAAAUGGUGCUAAUGUAUUUGAGAUUUAAAGACAAUUAUCAAACUUUUGUUAUUGGCUUUGCUUAAUGAGUUAAAAAGGAAUUAAGAGAAAAAAAAAACGUGUGGCUAUACGAAACAUAUUCUUCUACUCAAAAAACCGAAAAACACGUGCCUUAAUAAUGUUUCGAUAGAUUUCAAACACGCUUAUAUAUAGGUAUUGUAUGACUUCAUAUUUGAUUGAUAUUCAAGAAAAACCUGCGUUUAAAAUAAUCAAAAGAUGCUAGACUUAUUUUAUAAUAUUUACAUUUAUUUAGUAUUGUUGUGUAUCAUAAUUAUAAUUACUAGUAUAUAUAUGAAUUGAUUAUUUUCAAAAAAAAAAAAAAAAUAUAUAUAUAUAUAUAUAUAUAUAUAUAUAUCUAGAGGAAAAGGAAAUAAGAAUUCGAAACAAAAAAAAACUUAUUAAACUUUAAGUUGCAAUUUUGACUUAAAUUUUUAAAUGAGCUCUUAUAUGAGUUUUAAAAUUGAUGAUAAAAAAAUGAUGAAAGAUGAU